AUGAACUCUCGAGAUGAGGAAACGCGGUGUCUUGGCGUGGGGACGCGCGUGUUGGCAUCGGGGGUAGGAAAGUUCCAACCGAUGGUUCGAGCGAGUGGAGAUGCGGCGAGUGAAGUUUCGUGGAAGCGACGGUUUCAGGACAGAUUCGACAAGGAGAGGCAGCGACUGGUGCAGGCGCAUCGCAGGGAGGUGAUGCGACAGCAGAGCCACGUGGCAGAGCUUGAGAGGCGCAUUCGGGAGGGCGAGGAGGAGAGGGCGCGGGUGCGAGCCGCAAUGGCUAGGAGCGUGCAGGAAGCGAGGAGGCUUGAGCGGAGCAUGGCAGCAGGCAAUGCUCCAGAGCAAGUGUGGGAGCCGAGGAACGUGGUGCAGCAGCGGCAGCAGCUGGUGGGGCAGAUGCCUGUGAAUGCAGUGGCGAGGCUGGCAGCACUGCGGCAGGACGCUCUUCUGCUCUCACACACCUUGAGAGGCCUGGAGUCCAGUGUGUGCACACACCGCAGGCAGCUCUCAGAAGCCCAGACUGUGCUGCAGGGCCUCUUGUUCCGCCCCAAGCCCCUCCCAUCUCAGGCUGCUCCGCACCAGCCCUCUCUUCCUCUGCCUCUUGCCCACUCGUGCAAGAAGCACAAGGAUAGUGCCUGA